CGCGUGUCUUCGGUUUCAUGCCUUCCCAGGUGUCAAAAAAAACAGCACCCGUAUCAUAAAAGUUUUAUGUGUGUGCGUGGCUCUGCCUUCGCAUGAAAUCCGGAGGCUUACUUGAAGGUCGGGACGUCGCGGAUUUCUCACUUUUACUUUUUUCCUUCUCUAGGGGGGAGAACGCUUGGUCGACAUACCCAUAGUCCGUCUGGUGAGCAAGCAAGCAAGCAACACUCUACCUUUAGGUUACUCUACCAUUCGGAGGAUUUCGUUCGAGUUACAGAAGUCACAGGGCUGAGAAAGAGGAGGAGUAGGAAGAAGAAGGGGGUAUAGGGUGGUUAAGCUUAAACUUGGGUUUCAUCAAUUGAAGGAGAGGGAAGGGAGAAAGGAAGGGCAUUCCAUUUUCAUAUAAGCUUCUGGUGGGAGCUGCAUCUCUAGGCACACAAUUCGCACAAUGGCCGACUUCACAAGGCACAGCGACCAAGACGGCUCCUCUGGCACCGACCCCUCCACAAUCUCCUCUACCGGCGGCGACCACUCCUCCCCACACUCCAUGCCCUCGGGCAUGAGCAUGGCCUUCCACACGGGCAUGACGGACUCACUCUACUCGUCCGCAUGGACACCAAAUUCGCCGGGACAGUACGCGGGCACGAUCGCCUUCCUGGUACUCCUGGCGUUCACGUAUAGAUUCUUAGUAGCAUGGAGGAGCGUGCUGGACCACAAACGGGCUGUUAAAGACAAUGAGCGAAGUGUACUCGUUGCAGCGGGGAAGGCCGGAAGUCUGAGCAGCUCGGAGGGACUGGAUGGAGGAAGGAGGACGGGUAGUUGGGGUGGGAGGCCGUGGAGGUGGUCAGUUGAUCUGCCUAGGGCUUGGAUGCAGGUGGUUACCUCGGGGGUUGGAUAUUUACUCAUGUUAGCGGUAAUGACAUUCAACGUUGGCUACUUCCUCGCCGUCCUCACCGGUGUAUUUUUUGGAGAAUUAAUCUUUGGCCGGUGGAUUCAUGGGAGCGAACAUUAG